AUGAUCGACACCUUAGAGUCUAUGUGCAGACUUUACAUUGGGGAAAUCAUUCGACUACAUGGAAUUCCGGUCUCUAUUGUGUCAGAUCGUGAUCCACGAUUCAUCUCUCGAUUUUGGGGAAGCCUGCAGGAAGCUCUUGAAACUACUGAGAAGGUCAAAUUGAUCCGACAAUGGUUGAAGACUGCCCAGGACCGUCAGAAGAAUUUUGCAGACAGGGGGAGGAGACGGUUGAUGUUUGAAGUAGGCAGCCACGUGUUCCUAAAGGUGCAACCCAGGCGUGGAGUCGUACGUUUUGGAAGAAAGGGAAAGCUGUCACCACGAUAUAUUGGAUCUUUCGAGGUAUUGGAAGGAGUGGGCGAUGUAGCAUAUAGACUAGCCCUACCCCCGCAGUUAGCAGGAAUCCACAACGUCUUCUAUGUGUCUAUGUUGAGAAAAUACAUCGCUGACCCGUCACACGUCCUCAAAUGGGAAGAUAUCAGCCUUGACAAGGAUGUUACAUUUAAAGAAGGACCGGUAGCAAUACAGGACAGUCGAGAGAAGAACCUCAGAGACAAGACGGUUCAUUUGGUGAAAGUGCUAUGGCGUCACUGGGGAAUUGAAGAAUCUACUUGGGAGCGCCAGGAUUUGGUAAAGGCAAAUUACCCCGAGCUUUUCGAAGGCAAUAUGUAG